AUGGCGGAAUCGAGCCGACAAAGAUCCAAGCCAAGCAGCAGCGUCAGGAAGGGUUCGGCAGCUCGAAACGCACGCUCUGCUGCUGCUGCUGCUGCUGCUGCUGCUGCUGCUGCUGAGGGAACACGCCUCGACGCGCCGCCGCCUUGCCGAAAGGAGGGCCGCAACCAACACGCAACAAAGUUGGAAAAAGAGGCAAAGCACGCGCGUCAGGGUGCAUUUCUGACUGAUGCAGCUGUGUCUCCUCCUUCUCGUCUUGAUCCGACUUGGCACUGCUCUUCUCGUCUUCCGCACACGCCUGCCAACAUCUUUGGCGCCAUGUCGUCUUCGCUGGUCGAAGACUGGUCCGAGGGCGAUUUCGAUCUGGAUCACACCGCUCUGCGUACGGAGCACCUCUCCCUACACGAUGACCACGAUGACAAUCCCACCACCGCGCACGUCGACGACGACUUUCCCGACUGGGAUCAUGACGAAGAUCAAGACGCAUCGGACGAGCAGACGGACACCAUCAAGCUGUCCAACAUCGCUGGUUCCGCGCUAAAGCAAAUGCUCGAGGCCAGCAAGGCUUCCGCCUCCUCCUUGCCCAGCGCAGAUCUGCAUGCCCUCGACCAACAACUUUUGCAUCAUGAUGCAGAUGUAGAUCGGCUCGAUAUCAUGCGCUUCGCCAACAGCCACGACGACCUCAACACCUGCUCCACUGCAAGCCUCAGCACAUCGGCGAGCACCAGCUAUCGCAGCAUGAUGGGUCUCUCCACCGAUCUCACUGAUCCAGACAGCCCACACAGCAAGCACGGCACCCGCAACACCACCAUCACCUCGUGCUCCAGCUCGGACCGCGCCCGCUCCGACCUUGGCUUCCACUCCUCAGAGCCCGACGAUGCCAUUGACGAGCUCGACUUUGAGCUCGCUCCCAACAUGAACAAUCUCAGCCUCUGCUCCUCCCUCUCCCGCGCUCGCUCCAACACCUCUUUCAGCCACGUCAGCCGAGAUCUGUGGGACGAGGAGCCGACGCUUGGCGCUUCUGGCACCACCGACCAGCCCGCCACCUCUUCCAAAAGCAUAUCGGGCGAGAGCGAUGCAGAUGACGAACACGAAGACCUUCUCGACGGCCUCGAUCUCCAAGGCAGCAUCUUUGAACCUCAAUCCAAUCCCGCUGUUCAGCCAGCCCCCUUGCUCAAAGCAAAGCUCGAGGCCAUGCUCGAUCUCAAGCGCUCCGGUCGUCACCCCGAUCAAUACCAAAAUCCUGCCCACGUCACAGACUCCGAUUCGGGCAUCGCUGCAGGCCUCGUCAUCACUGACGACGUCGACUUGUCGCCCAGUCGCAUCACGUCGCGCGGCCUCUCCAACAUCCGCCCAAAUCCUUCCUAUGCGCAGAUCGCAAACUCCAGGCUCAGCGCGCAGACCAUGAUCUCAGACGGUUCCGGCGAGCGUCAACACAGCUCGCACACCGUACUGUCGCAUCACCAGCAACACCAGCACCACCGAGCGCCCACAGGCGAGGCGGCCUCACAGCAAUCCAAGGGCUUCCGCACGGAACCGCGUGGUCCCCGUCGCUCCCUGCGCUUCAAGCGAUCCACGAGCGAUCUGCAGACACACAUGUCUGCGUCUUCCGCCAAUCCUGGCCCGUCCGCAUCCAACCGCUCGCAAAAUCGCGGGUCCCAGCUGACGCGCAAGAGGUCUCUCCCGUCCAUGCGAACGUCCCCGCCAGCACCAGGCAGCGUCAACGCUGCUGCGGUCCAGCUGGGCGCACACACCAUCGCCGUGCGCCAACGCCACAAUAGCGGUGCCAGCACUUCGUCGUCCGUGUCCCGCAACCGGUCCCACGGCUCUUCCAGACUCACCGACUCGACCGCCGCAUCGCGCGCACGCGCAGCCGAAACCGCAGCCGACCAGCUCGCCAGACUGCACAGAGAUGCCAAAGCACCAGCCCGUCCCAGCACUCCCGUCUCCAUUCCGACAAGAUCGUCGCACAAUCCGCCACCUCGCAUCUCGGUGAGCACAAGAUCCAAGACCAGGGCGGAGCGCCAGGGCUUGUCGGGCGAAAGCCAGCCCGCCGCUCGGCUCUUGAAGCGUUCGGCGCCCUACGCAAGCGGCGCCGAGCUGGACGGCAUCGACGACCUUACCACUUCCAUCAGUCCCUCCGUCAAGCCCAUCCCUCUGCCUCCCCCCUCUACAUCGGCCAAUGCGGGCCGGGGCGCCACCAAGACUGACGACGGCGCAUCGCAGUUUCAGCGUGGCGGCAAGUCCAGGCGCGGCGGCAGGAGGCAUCCCAAGAGCAAGCCAGGCUUGAUCCGCUCGCUCGGUGUGGGUGGAUCCCCAACGCAGAAGACUGUCAAAGGCAUGCGUUGGAAUGCACAGGCGCUCCGAUGGGAGGGCAACGAAGCGGUGCUCCGGGACUUUGACCAGGUAAUCCAGAGCAGCACUCGGCCUGCGCUCAUCUCGCAGAUCACAGGCAGCUCCACCAGCUCGCGCCUCACGCACGCCGCGGGCUACACGUCGCCCAUCUCGCCCGAGAGCAGCACGUUGAUGAACUCGAUCGCCUCGGGCGCGCGUGUAGUGGGGGACAUGCUGUUCGAUCCCGUCCAGAUGCGAUGGGUGCACAAGUCGGGCGACGAGGAGGAUGACGUCUUUGCUCAAUUUGACGAAGCGCUGGACGAAGGCGAUGCGUCCCACGACGCGGCGGGCCUCGGUGUCGAUGCGGAAGGCGACAACACACUGCGGGCGCGCAGGACACGGUCGAUCGAAGCUUUCAGCCAGUCUUCGAACCCUUGGACGCGUCUGAGUGCGAGGGAGCCAGCAGCGACUGCGUCGGACGACGAAGCGUACGAACGCAGCCUCAACCGCAAGCACGACCAGGCGAUUCGCAGGGCGCUGUCGCGCGGUGCAUUCGCGGCGAGCGUGGGCAUCGAGCGCGACAUCUGGGAUGCGUGCGUGCAGGCCGACAAGCGACACGCGCUCGAAGUGGGUGCGUGGCUCCCCCACCCCGCGCCGCAUCGCUCGCGCAUGCGCACGCGCUCGCACACCUCGGACCGCGCCAUGACCAUGGACGAGAUCGACCGGCCACGUCCGCAUCUUUACUACCUCGAGAAGAUUGCAAAAAGCAUCCCGAGGUCCGACGCAAGCUGA